AUGACUAAAAUGACCUGGAACCCAAUUGGCCACCACCACUCAGACACCCCGGCCGGCACCGAGAACCCGGUCGCUGAAGAGACACAUCACAGGCGUGACUCAAAGCUGGGUCACAUCAUGGACUCUAUCCGGCACUCGCUUGCCCAUGAACAUGAGAAGCUCCCUAGCGAGAGCCAAGCUAAAGACCAAAACCCCGUCUCCGCAAAUGGGGAAUCGGGCAACAACGGCUCGCUCAGUCCUUCUUUGCAGGCCGUGGCCUCGUCUAAACUCAAUGAGAAUAAUAUGGGUGAACAUUCCCACGAGGCCGAAGAUACCUGGGGUUGGCCAGGUCUUGGUACUUACUCAAGCGCAUCUGAAGCACCCAGAAGGGAAAGUCUCCGCACAGGAUCCACCGACUCAGGUGCUCCGUCGACAUCCAGACAAGACUCAGUGCCAAAGGCAAAGGAGUCUGAGCCGCCAAGGAGACCAUCAACCAUAUCCCAGGCCAGCAAGAAGAGCAACGACACUCAAAGUGGUUGGCCAGGUCUAGGAUCCUUCCCAGAGGACACCGAGAACUAA